AUGGGAAACCCCCGCCAUGAUCUCACCGGUGCUAUCCGACGUGUGCAGCUGCUCAAGAUCGAAGGCUUUAGUGCGACACUGGCCAGCAAGAAGGCCAGCGUCAAAUCCACAUGGAGCGUCGAUGGCUAUGAGUGGGAAAUCCGUAUCUGUCCGGUGAAGAUCAACGGGUUCCCUCCGGGCCGUGUCCUUCUGCUGGUAAGACUGGAGCCCUUCUUUGCCGAGUAAACCGCGCGUAUCAGGGCGGUUCUGGCCUGUCGCCUCGUGGAUCCAAGUGGGGAGCUUGAACCGGCGGAAGAGAAGAGUCUACUCUACGAUCCCCAGAGCAGCACAAAUCAUGUGUUGCUCGCCGUGUGGAGAGAUGAACAGGAGUUGGUAGCGUCAGGUUAUCUCAAGGAUGAUACUUUGACCGUGCAAUGCGCCAUCACAUUGCUCGAGGAAUUACCGGAACCAACCAUCGCCGGUAAAGAAGUGGCCGUGCCGUCCUGCACCUUGAAGAAGCACCUCCGUGAACUCCUGCAGACCGGGAAGGGGGCGGACGUCACAUUUCUCGUGUCCGGCGAGUCCUUUUCCGUGCAUAAAUCCAUAUUGGCCGCAAGCUCCUCAUCUCCGGUUUUCAUGGCCCAGUUCUUCGGAGACGGUGAUGCCAGGGAGCAGUGCUCAGGAGGCGUGGAGAUCAAGGACAUGGAGGCCGCGGUAUUCAAAGCAAUGCUUGGCUUCAUCUACACCGACGCUGUGCCAAAAUUCAAAAAGCGGAAGGAGGCGGUGACGGUGAUGGCCCAGCGUCUACUUGCUGCUGCUGACAGGUUUGGACUUGACAGGCUCCAGCUCAUCUGCGUUGGAAAGCUCUCUGCUGGUAGCAUCAGCAUCAACACGGUGGCGACUACUCUGGCUUUAGCUGAACAGCACAGGUGUUCUGAGCUCAAGGCAAAGUGUGUGGAGUUCAUCCUUGGUACCCCGGCAAUUCUUGAUGCUGUGUUGGCGACGGAUGGGUAUAAGCACCUAGAGUCAAGCUGCCCAUUUGUGGUGAUUGACCUUCUCAAGGCUGCUCGUGGAAGAAAGAUUUGA